GCUGUAUUCUUCAUCAACAAACAAGAUCUCAGCUCCUCAAACCUGUCUACAUAAUCAUCUAUACUCCCAGUUUGCUGCAGUUUAUUAAAUUCUUCAACUACCUUCGAGCCUAGCUCGUCCUUGAAUCUGGCACUUAAAUCCACCACAAAAUCUUCCCAAAUUCGUACGUUGGACCCAUCAAACUGCGGAAACUCAACCUUGGGAUUAAAAUAGAGCGCAUGUAUUCAUGGACAUCCUGUGUAGAAAGGUGGAAUCUGAUUUUGAACUCAAGCAGCUGGUAGAAGAAGAGCUUUUUCAAUCCCUUAAGAAUGCUGUUGAAGAUGGUGAACAAUUCUCAACUUUUGUUGCUGGAGUGAAAACUCUUUUUGACAGUGAUGUGUUUAUUCAGGCAUGUGUUGAGGCACACAUUGAGGAUCCGUACUUGCUCCUUGAGUUAGGGCGUAGACUUAAUGCGGAACGCCACGAACGAAUAGAAGCUCUCAUGAGGGACACAUUCUUCCAACCCAUUUUGCAAGAGACACAAACCGAUGCCAUUAUUAGAGGAGUCCUCUCAGUUGUUUUUGGAUACUGGGGUGAUAAUGAUUGUUACCAUAAGGUGUCUGAAGCAGUUAGUGCAGAACGGAAGAAAAUUCCCAAACCUGAUCGCGGACCUCCAGUGGAGAUGGUGUAUGAUGAUAUUUCGAAUAUUGAUGUCUCUUCUGACAUUGAGGGUUUGAAAGAAGCACUGGCUGGUAGAUACAAAAAUGAUCCUAACCGCGAUUACAAUUAUAUAUGUGAAGAGAUUGAAAGGAACAAGUCUUAUUUUGAGGAGAAGGUCGGCCCUUUUUCCGCAAGUGUGAUCCCAAAGAGGAUAACAAGGUUGGGAGUUUUCUGGAUUGGCAAGUCCUUGACACUGAGUUGUUUAGACUUUAGCUAUUGAUGGAUUCAGAGACAAGGGUUUAGCAUAAUAGUGAGUAUAUGGAUGGAUUAGUUGACCAUGCUUUCAUCGUUGUUGAUUUGGAGUUUCAUCAAUGGGUAUAUUUGGACUGUGAUAUCAAAUAUGUGGUUAAGUUAGUGAUUAUUGUAGUUAAGAUUUGUAUGAUUCUUGGAUGAUUCUCUUAAAUGUUCCUUUCAUUAGGCAAAAUGUCACUUUAGUUUGAUUUGGAAGCUACUUUGGGUGGAUUUUGAGUUGUAUUCUCUAAAGGGGUUAGACGAGCAGUAUGUUAUUACAGUACUUUAAUCAUACAGCCUAAUAAUGAAAGCGGAUCAUAGAA